ACGAAUUAAUUGUCCUUUGAGAAUGUGUGUGUGUGUGUGUGUGUGUGUGUGUGUGUGUGUGUGUGUGUGUGUGUGUGUGUGUGUGUGUGUGUGUGUGUGUGUGUGUGUGUGUGUGUGUGCGCGUGAGACAGGAAACCGUCAGUAUUUUACCAGGAAAUCCUAGUUAAUUCACCAGGUACACACACACGCACACACACACAUACACUGUAUACUACUGGGAGGUAUAUGACACACUAGAGGAGGAGGAAGAGGAGGAGGAGGAGGAGGAGGAGGAGGAGGGCAGUAGCACAUUUCGUUGGGGGGAGAAAGGGGGGGGCGUGACGUGACUAGGAAUGGUGUAUGUUGUGACGUCAAUAGCAUUUUCCCCGCCGCUGUGGAUAUAAUAGGUGAGGCAGAAGGAGUGUGUGUGUCAGUCUCUCGCUGGACUUGCCUUAGAGAGGAGCUGGAGAGGCGAAGUGAAAGUGAAAAGGAUUUGUAUUUGGUUGAGUUUCCCGCCACACGUGCAUCUCCGUUUUCUUUCCGAUUUGAAACGUGUAGAAGACGAAGAAAGCAAGAAAGAGCAACAGAAACUCGAAGAACUCAAGAAUUUCAGCCAAACAAAACGAAAGGAGAAAUAAAACAAAGGCAGAAACAAAAACAAACAAGAAAUUAAGAAAAAACCCGCGCUAAAGAUCCACACAUCACCAAACACGCCCCGUUGCAACACCGCAAAACAAAAACAAGCAAAAACCCCAACUAAACUAAAACAAACAAGCAAAAAAACAAUUCAACUAAUUUUCUGAGCCGUAUUCCUGCCAUUACCACAUUCCCUACCAUUCCCGAGACUUGGAAUAAUGGAGAACACAGGGUACGAGAACCUCCACCCUUCCUUUGUCAUAGAUGUACCUAGUAUUUCUGGCGACACUAGCAUUGAUACUCUCUGCCAGACGUACUUGGGUGAUAUGGGUACUUUUGACAGCCCCCUCACCUCCUCCCUAGACCCUCCCCUUCUCCCCCCUCCUCCUACCUCUCAGCCUCCCCAUACCACUCCUCCCACUCCUCUCUGUCCUCCUCUCCCUGCCUUGCAUUGGACGGAGAAGCUGUAUCCGGUAGUCUGCUUGAAGAAAUGGACACCUUCUCAAGAUUUGAUGUAUCCGAGUGGCGUGGAGAGGACUCCCUGGACUGGGCUGGGAGUGUGUGCAGGCGCAAGGGGCUUGACCAGACCACCCUAGACCUAUGGGCGUUCCGUGGCGUGCCUGGGGAGUCCCUGAGGAGGAUGACUUUGCAGGAUUUCUGUGACUUGAUUGGAUCUGUGUAUGGUCCUUUGUUUCACGCAGAAUUUGAAGACUACUGCAGAAGGAGAGAGGAAGGUCAAAGAUGGCGGCACAAGACGGGUGGCUCCUCUCCUUACAGUGACCACGGGGGGCAGUUUGACCUUACCAGUGAGCUCCCGGAACUUGACCUGACCUCAGAAGAAAUACGUGAUUUAGACAAAUAUAUAGUCGGUGGUUUUCAAGAUAUGGACUUGGAGGGCACCCAGUCGUAUUACGAUUCUGUGGAUAGUUUUCCUGAAUCGGUCGCCCAGUUGUCAGCAGGCCCCCCUCUCCCCUUCUGACCCCCUCCUCCUCCUCUUCCUCCUCUUUCUCCUUCUCCUCCUCCUCCUCCUCCUCAUCUUCUUCCUCUUCCUCCUCCUCCAACCUCCUCGCCCUUCCUGAUCCGCUGAAGAAGAUUAAGCAGGAUCCAAAGAAAAGACCAAGAGGACCAAAGAACUGGGAAUUCGUAAUAAGGCUUCUGGCAGACCCACGCACCAAUCCGUCACUGAUUCGCUGGGAACAGAAGGAGGAAGGUACAUUUCGCUUAGUUCAGCCUGCCGCCAUCGCUUCCAUGUGGGGACAGAGAAGUGAUAGGCCUAACCUCUCCUAUGACAACUUCGCGAGAGGCCUAAGGUACCACUACACGACAGGCGCCCUCCAGCCAGUUUCUGAGAAGCAACUGGUGUACAGGUGUGGUCCCAAGGCUGUCAAAUACCUGAUUGAGCUAAGCAAGGGAGGCAUUACGCACUGAGAGAGAGAGAGAGAGAGAGAGAGAGAGAGAGAGAGAGAGAGAGAGAGAGAGAGAGAGAGAGAGAGAGAGAGAGAGAGAGAGAGAGAGAGAGAGAGAGAGAGAGAGAGAGAGAGAGAGA